GAGAAAGAUAGAAAGCAUUAUUAGCCGUGGGGGUGGAGAGGAGGACCCAGAUUGCCCUGGAUGCCUCGAAGAAACAAAAUUUUGGGUGAUCACCAAGCGGACCAAGACAGAAGCAACCGAGCAGCGGACAGAUGAGGAGAAACAUAAGAAAUACAGCGACACUGUGAAGAAGGAGAUCUCUGUUCUGGCUGGCUUCCUCAUUGAUCUCAAUACGGAUGAACGCCCCAGGGUUCGGGAGGUCUUUCAGGAUUUGAAUGCCCACGAUGAUCGCUUGCGAACGCUGGCCAAGAGGUGCCCAUCAUUUUCUUGUUAG